AUGUCCUCUGCCGACAUUCAGAAGGUCUCCAUCCUGGGGAAGGAGUCCAUCCAUUGCGGAUUCCACCUCAUUCCCUACAUCGUCAACACGGUCUUGACUGCGCUGCCGUCGUCGACAUAUGUCAUCGUGACCGACAUAAACAUCGCCAGCUUGCAUCUCGUCGCCUUCCAAACUGCCUUCAAGAAGCACACACUGUCAUCUAAAGCGCGCUUCCUGAAUUAUGUUGUCCCGCCUGGCGAGACGAGCAAGAGCCGUGAGGGGAAGGCCGAGAUUGAGGACUAUCUAUUGCUUAACGCGAGCACGCGAGACACCGUCAUCCUCGCACUCGGCGGCGGGGUGAUCGGUGACCUGGUCGGUUUUGUCGCUGCUACAUUCAUGCGAGGUGUUCGCUUUGUGCAGAUCCCAACAACGCUAUUGGCAAUGGUCGACUCGAGCGUGGGUGGCAAGACAGCAAUCGACACGCCCCACGGCAAGAAUCUGAUUGGCGCGUUCUGGCAACCGGAGUACAUCUUCAUAGACGCCGCGUUCCUCGAGACGCUCCCUGCGCGCGAGUUCUCGAAUGGCAUGGCGGAGGUCGUGAAGACCGCGGCCAUCUGGAACGAAGACGAGUUUUCCGCGCUCGAGUCCCGCUCGGCGGAGCUGUUCGCAGCUAUCCAGACGCCGUCCAAGGACAACUCCGGCCGUAUGGUUGCAACGCGGUCUGCGGCACAGCAGCUUUUGCUUUCCGUGAUCGUCGGUUCUAUCUCCGUGAAGGCCCACAUCGUUACCGUCGAUGAACGCGAGACCGGGCUGCGCAAUCUCGUCAAUUUCGGCCACACCAUUGGGCAUGCCAUCGAGGCCGUGCUCACGCCAUCCAUGCUGCAUGGGGAAUGCGUCAGCGUGGGCAUGAUCCUCGAGGCUGAGGUUGCGAGGAGCCUUGGUGUGCUCGGUCAAGUCGCCGUGGGACGCCUCACGCGCUGCCUCAAGGCGUACAACCUGCCGGUGUCGCUGUCGGACUCUAGGAUCGUGCGGCUGCCCGCGGCACGGGGCCUUGGUGUCGAGAGGCUGCUCGACAUCAUGAAGAUCGACAAGAAAAACAGCGGCGCGCAGAAGAAGAUCGUGAUCUUGUCGCGGAUUGGAGCGACAUACGAACAGAAGGCGACGGUCGUCGCGGAUAGCGUGAUCGCGAAAACGCUGUCAGAGGCUGUGGUGGUCGUGCCUGGCGUGCCGAGCAAGAGCCCGGUGCGGAUGGCGACCCCGGGCUCGAAGAGUAUCUCGAAUCGAGCUCUCCUACUCGCGGCCUUGGGCAAGGGGACGUGUCGCUUGAAGAACCUCUUGCACUCAGAUGACACACAAGUCAUGAUGAACGCCCUUCAGGAGCUGAAGGGGGCGCGCUUCUCCUGGGAAGACGGUGGAGAGACCCUUGUUGUUCACGGUGGAGAGGGGUCUCUUUCUGUCCCACCUGCUGGCAAGGAGGUCUACCUCGGAAACGCAGGCACGGCUGCGCGCUUCCUUACUACGGUCUGUACCCUGGUCCAGAGCGCUACUCCUGGGGAGCGAACCGUCAUCACUGGCAAUGCGCGCAUGAAGCAGCGCCCAAUCGGCCCCCUUGUUGACGCGCUACGCACCAAUGGUAGCGACAUCGAAUACAAGGAGUCUCAGGGAUGCCUGCCGCUGUCCGUCGCGCCCGCCGGCCUGAAGGGCGCGCGGAUCCAGCUCGCGGCGAGCGUCUCGAGCCAAUACGUGUCGUCGAUCCUUCUGUGCGCGCCGUACGCGCGGGAGCCGGUGACGCUCGAGCUAACAGGAGGCCAGGUGAUCUCGCAGCCUUACAUCGACAUGACGAUUGCGAUCAUGAAGACGUUUGGGAUCGACGUCGUGAGGGAGGUGGACCAGGCUACUGGGGCACCGCUCGAUGUGUACCACAUUCCUGCGGGCGUGUACACGAACCCACCGCUGUACAACAUUGAAAGCGACGCGAGUAGCGCAACCUACCCGCUUGCCGUCGCGGCAAUCACGGGCACAACAUGCACGAUCAUGAACAUCGGCUCGUCGUCUCUGCAGGGUGAUGCGCGCUUCGCGAAGGAGGUCCUUGAGCCCAUGGGCUGCAAGGUGGUGCAGACGGAGACAGAGACCACGGUGACUGGUCCCCCUAUUGGCCAGUUGAAGGCUCUGGGCACUGUGGACAUGGAACCCAUGACGGAUGCGUUCCUGACGGCGUCCGUCCUUGCAGCGGUCGCAACCGGUGCGCCAUCGAAGGGUCGCGAGCUCGCUGAUGGCUCGCGACUAACCACUACGAGGAUCAUCGGGAUUGCGAACCAACGGGUGAAGGAAUGCAAUCGUAUCCAGGCCAUGAUCGAUCAGCUAGCCAAGUUUGGCGUGGAAACCAAAGAACUGGAGGACGGUCUUGAGGUCUACGGCAAGCCGAUCUCGGAGCUCAAGGAAGGUGCCAGUAUACACUGCUACGAUGAUCAUCGAGUGGCUAUGGCUUUUAGCGUGUUGGCGUCUGCCGUGCGGGGUACGAUUAUUGAAGAGAAACGCUGUGUGGAGAAGACCUGGCCUAACUGGUGGGACGAUCUCGAGAACAAGAUCGGUCUUGGAGUAGAGGGUGUGGAGCUCCCUGUCCAUGUGUCCAGCACGUCUACAAGCAGGCCAGUCGAUGCAGAUGUGUCGGCAUCUGUCGUCAUCAUCGGCAUGCGUGGCUCUGGCAAGACUUUCAUCGGGCAACUUGCGGCGUCCAUCCUGGACUGGCAGUUCCUUGAUGCAGAUGCAGUCUUUGAAGAGAAGCACCAGACGGGUGUCCGUGACUUCGUACAUCAGCACGGCUGGCCGACUUUCCGCGACGCUGAAACUGUGGUCUUGCAAGAACUCCUCGCGGAGAAGCCGACGGGCCAUAUAAUAAGUCUCGGCGGUGGGAUCGUGGAAACGCCUGCAGCGCGCAGUCUGCUCCAGACGUAUGCGGAGCGAGGUCCAGUCGUGCACAUCAAGCGGGACAUCGACGAGAUUGUGAGCUAUCUGGGCGAGGAGACAGCGCGGCCUGCGUAUGGAGAACCUAUCCUGGACGUCUUCAAGCGUCGCCAGCCGUGGUUCGCCGAGUGCUGCAGUUACGUCUUCGUCAACAAUACUGGCGGACUGGAAUCGGCAGAAGAGUCCGUUGCAGGGGGCACAGCCGUCCCUCUCCAGUCAACCACGCAUCCCUCCUCGACGAGUCUCCGCAAUGAGACUGAACGCUUUUUCAAUCAUGUCACUGGAUCAAAGCCGAAUCUUGCUCUGACGGCGAUGGAUGACAAGAGGACGUACUUCUUGUCACUGACGUAUCCAGACGUCAAACAAGCCCUGUCUCAUAUUGAGGAUCUCACCACUGGCGUCGACGCUAUCGAGCUGCGUGUCGAUUUACUUCGGUCGUACGAUGACCAUGUCAAACUGGAGCCAUACAUUCCCUCUGUCGAGUAUGUCACUGAUCAGAUCACUUCGUUGAGGCGGAGAACCACCCUUCCCAUCGUCUUCACCGUGCGCACUGUGUCCCAGGGCGGACGGUUCCCUGACGAUGCAGAGAAGGAAGCUUUCGAAUUAUUCCAUACUGCGCUUCGUCUGGCGGUGGAGUACAUUGACGUCGAGAUCUCUUGGACAGAGGGGCAAAUCAAAAACCUUGCUGCGCACAAGGGCCACUCCCAGAUCAUAGCGUCCUGGCACGACUGGAGCGGAAAAAUGCAAUGGGACGGGAAAGGAGUGGAAGCCAAGUACCGUCUCGCCGCGAGCAUGGGAGAUAUUGUGAAGAUUGUGGGCAAGGCCAAUGAUCUCAACGAUAACCUUGCACUGCACCGCUUCGCCCAGCGCAUGCGCUUACUGCCAGAUUCGAAGCCCAUGAUUGGCAUCAACAUGGGCAUCGAGGGCCAGCUGUCUCGCAUCUUGAACUCAACGCUCAGUCCUGUCUCCCACCCGCUUCUCCCCACAAAAGCUGCUCCUGGUCAACUGUCUUUCGCUCAGAUCCAGUCUGCGCUCCAUUUGAUUGGUCAAAGCCCUUCUCAGCGCUUCUACCUUUUCGGUAACCCCAUUGCGCAUUCUAUGUCGCCCACCCUCCACAACACUGCGUUCGAGAUCCUCGGGUUGCCUCACACUUACGACCUACUGCAAACAGACAGCGUCGGGGAGGAAAUCAGAGCUGCUCUAGCGUCUCCCGAGUUUGGCGGUGCUUCCGUGACGAUCCCUUUCAAACUUGAUAUCAUUCCGUUACUUGAUUUGUUGUCGCCCGAGGCUGAAGCCAUAGGCGCUGUCAACACGAUCGUGCCGCGGAGAGGGACAGAUGGGUCAUUGAUGCUAUACGGCGACAACACCGACUGGCUUGGCAUCAUGCAGUGUAUCCGCUCUGCUUGGCCCAAUGCAGCGCUGAAACCGGACACAGCGCUCGUGAUCGGUGCUGGAGGAACAUCUCGCGCAGCAAUUUAUGCCCUCGGCAGAUUGGGAGUCAAUGCUGUAUACAUCUACAAUCGGACAAGAAGCAGCGUGCAGGCUUUGGUCGAAGCUUUCCCUGGCGUCAAGGUAGAGGCCAUUGACACCCUAGGUCGCUGGCCACAGGGCGGUCGGUCACCAUCGAUUGUGAUAUCGACCGUCCCCGCUUCGGCGACCACCGCGGAUCUAAAAGUCAAGAAUGCGCUAUACCUUCCGAGCUCCAUUUUUGCGGCUGGAUCGGAAGGUGUUGUGGUCGAUAUGGCGUACAAGCCGGCAGAGACGCCUCUUCUUGUACUAGCUUCUAAAGUGGCCAAAAAUUGGAAGCGUGUAAGGGGCGUCGAGGUUCUGCUGGAGCAAGGCUACAGGCAGUUCAACCUAUGGACUGGUCGGCAGUGCCCCAAGCGUCUAGCUGCCUUGAGGCUCGGGCUUCUUAUAGUGGAUCAUCCCUGCUUUGUGGCGGGGACCCUGCUGCAAGCGGACCGUUCACAAAGUACUUAG